CAUCAAGCUUUUGUCAACAUAUGGGUUGCAUCAUCUCUUCUCGAAAAAAGAAACCGGUGUCGCCGGAACACCGUCCUCGCUUCCAAGUUUCUCCACCAGCAACAAUCAUCGCUAAUGAUGAUGAUGAUCAAGCACAGAAAGUCUCAGAAAAGGUGAGUGAUAAAUUAGGUCUUAAGGAGCUGAAGAGAGAAGAGAGCGUUCUUGUUGUUAAUCCUCCUCCUCGUUCAUCGGAACUAGCUGACUCCGGUUGGCCGCCGUGGCUUAUCUCCGUCGCUGGUGAAGCCCUUGUUGGUUGGAUUCCUCGCCGUGAAUCUCACUUCGAGAAGCAAGAACAAGUCUUUCUCUCUCUCUCUUCUCUUUUUAAGACUCCCUCUCCUUAUUGAUUCUCAUUUGAUAAACAGAUUGGAAGAGGAACAUUCAGCAAGGUGUUCAAAGCUAGAGAUCUUCCCCGCAACAAGACCGUAGCUCUCAAGAGAAUCCGUUUCGAUGUCACCGACUCAGAAAGCAUCAAGUGCAUAGCCAGAGAGAUCACAAUCCUCCGCAAGCUAGACCAUCCGAACAUCAUCAAACUAGAAGGGCUAAUGCUUGUAAAACACGACUCCUCGAUCCUCUACAUGAUCUUCGAGUACAUGGUGUUAAGCUAGAUGAGCUUCCAACCUAAAACCAAUUGGUGAUAAGUGGAGUGGCCCAUCCAUCUUAUAUAUUAAUAAGGAUCCUUUCCAAUAUCCGAUGUGGGACAUUUAUCCCUAAUACGCCCCCUCGAGAUGAUUGCUCUUUGAGCGUCAAUCUCGGAAUGUUCGGGUAAGGAUCGAUGGACCAAAUUUGGGCUGGAUCGAUGAUGGAUCGGAUUGGACUGCAUGGAUCGGUCUCUGAUACCAUGUUAAGCUAGAUGAGCUUCCAACCUAAAACCAAUUGGUGAUAAGUGGAGUGACCCAUCCAUCUUAUAUAUUACUAAGGAUCCCUUCCAAUACAUGGAACAUGACCUCUUAAGACUCUCUUCACUACUCGGUGUCGAAUUCUCAGAACCUCAUGUACUAAUUUCAUAACACUUCUAAUUUGAAAAAAAAAGGCAUCAACUAUAAAAGGUCUUUCUCAUCGAGAGAAACAUGGCAGUUCACUAGAGAAAGACAUCAACUCUGCUGAUUGGUACAAUGAAGUGUGGUUCAAAUAUGCAACACCGAAAUAUUCAUUCAUAUUAUGGACGGCAAUGAAAGGAAGACUUGCUACUGGAGAUCGGAUGAGACAUUGGAAUGGGAAGUCAAUGUAUCUUGUGUCUUAUGCACUGAGCCAUUGGAAACUCUUGAGCAUUUAUUCUUUGAAUGUGCUUAUUCUGCUCAGAUAGCAUUGAAUCAUGUAGACCAUCUUUGUUGAUGAUGGAGCCUUCUUCGCAUCCCGACGUAGACGUUCUCGUGUUCUACCACCUUGGCCGCAAACGUAUCGCGUGUGAACAUCUCCAUAGACUUGACAGAGGCCUUAUCUGAAUAAACCAAACUCGCCGGAGAAACAGCCGGCGCAAGUGUGGUCGCGGUGGUGACAUCGGAGGAAGUAGGAGAAGCAAUGCAGUUAGAAGCUCUCUGAGUCAAUUUGUCAAAAAAGGUGUGUGCAGACCCGAAAUCGAGAACUUCCUCAGCAUCUCUCUCAUGUUCUUUGCUCUGGAAAAGGACGCUCUUCAUCUUGUUCAACACGAGCUUUUGAGGAGCCUCAGAGCUUUUGACCUUUCUAUCAAUGGCGUCUGAGCACUUCUGAUCGUCUUUCUCAACGUUCUGUAUCAGAGAAGUUACGGCUUUGGCGGCGUCGUCGAUCUAUGUCAUCGUCCUCUUCCUGUGGCCACGAGUUCGAUGACCUGACAUCGACAAACCAUUCAAUCUCUGAGAAAGCUUCUUCCUUUAUCUGAAAACCACUGUGGUCUCUGUUGUAACUCGCAGGGAACUUGGAAACGUUGCCGUUGGUGGAGGCCUCAUUCUCAAAACUAAUCUCGGCAACCUGAUGCUGUUGACGGACAUGAGAGCAUUGAAGUCUCGAUCCGAACAUCGUCACACCGCUUGGCCGAGCAUGGGAGCUCUCUUGAACUUUAACAAAUGAUUAAGAGAAAACUCUAGUUUCAUGGACAGUUUCUCUAUCUCGUAAGCUUCAUCGUGAGCUGAUAAAGCUCUCUCAUGAGUCAAUUUGUCGACAAGAUGUGUGGAGAAACAGCCCACAACCGCCUCUGUUUCUCUCACCGGAGAAGGAUGACGUCACCGUUCUGAAACCAAUGACAUCAACGAAGUUCGAAUCAUGUUCGUCUUCAUCUCUUUUUUGGCUCCAAACCGUGGAUCUUGAUUUCUUACAAUAAAGAAUUUAAGAAAUAUAUUUCUUAGAUUCUUGAGGCUUAAGAGAAAUCAACAUAGAAAUCAAAUGGAAAAUGAACAUCAAAAAGAGUUUAUUGAUCAAAGAUUGUAUUACAUGUAUGAUUACAAAUGUAAAUUAAAUCUAAGAAUCCAUAAACUAUUUGUAAGAAGUGUUUAAGUCUAGAUGAAAGAGAGAAAAAUAUUUUUUCUAAGAAAGAAGUAGUUUCUUAUUUUUAAAAAGAUGAAACUUAGGGCUUUCUAUCAAUAUAGACCUAGUUCAAUGUCUAAUGGGUCUUGAGGAGGAUGUAAAUCCAUCCCCAACAAAUAUAUUUGUUUUCCUUUAAAAGGAAAAAGUUAAGGUUGGGUCCUGUCACUUUCCGGCGAAUUUGGUUCUGAACAGCCUUCAGACAUUUCCUCCUUCCGCUUUUUUUAUUUGUGUUACUUUAUUUGCAAUUUCUAUAUUCUGUCUCUUCUCCAUCAUAUUCACAAUGUUAACACAUUCAUUCAGUGCCGUGUGUUUCAAGCUUUUAUCAUCAUGGGUUGUAUCAUUUCUUCUCGGAGAAAGAAACCGGCAACACAAGAGUCGCCGGAACACCGUCCUCGCUUCCACAUGCCUCCAUCAAGAAUGGUUAUAGCUGAGGGUGAUGGUGAUGAUCAAGCUCAAAAUGUUUCAGAGUUGUUGAAGGUAAGUGAUAAUAAGUUAGGUCUUAAGGAGCUGAAGAGAGAAGAGAGCGUUCUUGUUGUUAAUCCUCCUCCUCGCUCAACGGAGUUAGCUGCCUCCGGUUGGCCGCCGUGGCUUAUCUCCGUCGCUGGUGAAGCUCUGGUUGGUUGGAUUCCUCGCCGUGAAUCUCACUUCGAGAAGCAAGAACAAAUUGGGAGAGGAACAUUCAGCAAGGUGUUCAAAGCUAGAGAUCUUCUCCGCAACAAGACCGUAGCUCUGAAGAGAAUCAGAUUCGAUGUCACCGACUCAGAAAGCAUCAAGUGCAUAGCCAGAGAGAUCACAAUCCUCCGCAAGCUAGACCAUCCAAACAUCAUCAAACUAGAAGGGCUAAUGCUUGUAGAACACGACUCCUCUAUCCUCUACAUGAUCUUCGAAUACAUGGAGCAUGACCUCUUAGGACUCUCUUCACUACUCGGUGUUGAAUUCUCAGAACCUCAGGUUAAAUGCUACAUGACGCAGCUCUUAAGAGGGCUUGAUCAUUGUCACACUAACCAUGUACUCCAUAGAGAUAUAAAAAGCUCUAAUCUUCUCAUAAACCAACAUGGAGUCCUCAAGAUUGCUGAUUUUGGACUAUCAACGUUCUUUGAUCCUCACAACAGUGUUCCUUUGACUACAAACGUUGUAACUCUAUGGUACCGACCUCCUGAGCUUUUGCUUGGAGCUUCUCGUUACAGUGUUGGCAUCGACAUGUGGAGCACAGGCUGUGUAAUAGGUGAGAUAUACGCUGGAAAGCCUAUCCUUCCUGGUAAAAAAGAGACAGACCAACUGCAAAAGAUAUUUGAGUUGUGUGGAUCACCUUCAGAGGAUUAUUGGACUAAGAUAAAGCUCUCGGCUCCGUUAAGACCAAUGUUUCCAUAUGGAUCAAAUAUAGCAGAGACAUUCAAAGAGUUUCCGGUUCCUGUUAUUUCUCUUCUAGAGACUCUGCUCUCAAUAGAUCCAGAUCGUCGAGGCACUGCAGCUACUGCUCUCAACAGCGAGUACUUCAACACUGAGCCAUUGGCUUGUGAUCCAUCUUCUCUACCAAAGUACACUCCCAGUAAAGAAAUGGACAUUAAGAAGCGCGAUGAAACUAGAAAACAAGCUUCAGAAAUUAGAAGAACAAACGAAUCUCAAGCUGUAGAGCCAAUUCAAGAAGAUUCUUCUCUCACACAGCAGCUUCAGAGAACGUGUUCAGAAUCCACGAGCAGAGAAACUUCAUAUACAAAGUCUUACGAGGAAGACGAGACUCCUAGACAAAUGCAAACAGCUACGGACAUGACAACCGAUGAUGAAACUGGAGCAGAAGACUCUUACACGUCUCCAUAUGGACACAGCCAGAAUCUAGCUGGAUCGGUGAAUAUGGAGGACGACAUACCUUGGCCAAUGAGUCCAUCUAGAGUUUAUGAGAAUGGGACAUCUUCUUCGGAUCGGAGAGAGUAGGCAUCAUGCACACUCUGAUUGA